UGUCGGAAGUUGACGUGACUUCCCGUUGGUCAGUGAAGAAGAACCGAUGCAACACAAGCCCCAGUUAGCUCGUCAAUAUGCGGCUCUUAAAUGUGCCAUUUUUUUCCACGGGUGUUUAAUUGAGCUACAGCCAUUCACAUUUGUGCUGUAUUUGUUCCGACCCACUUGGCAUUCAUUCUCCACGCUGACUGCACUUGAACGCAAAGAUGCCUGUCCAGUGCAGCAACUGUGUCGAGAAGCGUGCCAUGCUGAAACGUCCCAAAACGGGUCACUCACUAUGUAAGGAGUGCUUCUUCUGUGCCUUCGAAGAGGAGGUGCAUCAAACCAUUGUGGCGGCAAAUUUAUUCCAACCCGGUGAGACCGUUGGGAUUGCGGCAUCUGGUGGCAAAGAUUCCACGGUUCUGGCGCAUGUGAUGAAGCUCCUGAACGAGAGGUACUCGUAUGGCUUGAAUCUUAUGCUCCUCUCUGUGGAUGAGGGCAUCACUGGUUAUAGGGAUGACUCUUUGGAGACGGUGAAGAGGAACCAGCAACAGUACGAGCUGCCGCUGAAGAUCGUGUCGUAUGAAGAGCUGUAUGGCUGGACUAUGGAUGCCAUAGUGAAGCAAGUGGGACUGAAAAAUAACUGCACCUUCUGUGGCGUGUUCAGACGACAGGCACUGGACAGAGGAGCUGUCAUGCUGAAAGUGGACAAGAUCUGCACAGGUCACAAUGCUGACGACAUAGCCGAAACAGUACUGAUGAAUGUCCUACGAGGGGACAUAGCACGUCUGCGGCGUUGUACUGCCAUCUCCACAAACAGCGAGGGUGACGGGGUCGUACCACGCUGCAAGCCUCUCAAAUACGCCUAUGAGAAAGAGAUAGUUUUAUAUGCUUAUUUCAAAAAGUUGGACUACUUUUCCACUGAAUGCAUCUACUCUCCCAACGCUUAUCGUGGCUACGCGAGGACUUUUUUAAAAGAUCUGGAAAGCAUACGUUCCAGUGCCAUCAUUGAUAUCAUCCAUUCGGGGGAGAAUCUUUCUAUACGGGAGGGUGUGAAGAUGCCCGUGCAAGGAACUUGCAGCAAGUGUGGCUAUAUCUCCAGUCAGACGUUGUGCAAGUCCUGUGUGCUUCUGGAAGGUCUGAACAGAGGCCUGCCCAAACUGGGCAUAGGAAAACACCACCGGUUGCAUGAUAAGAUUGUCAACAAUGAGCCACUUACUGAAAAGGAGGAGAGGAAGAUGAAAGUGUUUGACAUUUGACAAGUGUGACACAAAUAGGUGAUAUUCCUUUUCUCAGAAAUUUAGCUUUGACAAAACAUUUAGUGCUGCCUUUAAUUGAUCAUGGGAUGAUGAGUGCUG